AUGGAUUAUAUAAAUCUAUAUAAUCUAAGUUUCAAUGUUAAAUUACAAACAAUAUCGAUUGAAUAUGAAAGUAGAAUACUGACAAUGCCUAUAAAUUCCGAUUGUAAAGUAAACACAGUACCUGUAAUCUUGUCAGCAUCGACUUACAUUCCAGCAUAUUCGAAGCGUACUACACAGGCGACGAUACCAAUAGAUUCUGUUUGUUCAGUAUUAUUACCGAGUAAUAAUUUAUGUCGUAAUCGUAGUUUAUCUAUUACUCAUACAUUGCUUAACUUUACUAAUCAUUGUUCAAAGAUUUCGUUCAUGAAUGUUACACAGUUUCCGCAAGUUAUUAGAAAAGGCUUUUGUGUUGGAUAUAUUCAACGUAACUUAAAUCAACACCAAAAUUUUAGUUUAAAUAAGUUAAUGAAAAAUUCACUUGAAGCAUCCGGUUUACCGGUUAUGCAACCAGUCUCCUUUAGCCAGAAUAAGAAAGUUCCGAUUAGUUAUAUCUCACAAAAUUUUUUCUUACCAUCUAUAAUGUAUGGAAAGAAAAGUCUAGUUAGUAUGCAAAGCAUUUAUUGUAAUUCCGUAGUAUCUAGUAAACCAAAUUCAAACAUCUAUAUAGAACAGUUGUUAAAAUCCGUUGAAAAUAAAGAAUAUAAGAAUAAAUUAUAUCAAGUAUUAAUCAAUUUCACUCAUAUUUUUGACAUUAGUAAACACAAUAUAGCAAAACCAACGAUCCAUCACGUAAUUAAUACAGUUCCUCAUUCGCCUCCUGCAUGUAAACCAUAUCCACAACUGGAUAAGGAAAAACCAAUGUUUCAAUUAAUGCAAGAAUUUCUAAAGGCCGGAUUAAUCUCUGAAUCACAUUCACCAUAUGCGGCACCCGCUAUACUUGUGAAAAAGAAAGAUGGAUCCUUUCGCUUUGUAGUUGACUAUAAAAAACUCAAUUCUAUUACGAUUAAGGAUGCAUCCCCUUUACCAAACAUGGAGGACACAAUUCGAAAGCUUGGUCAGGGAUACAAAGUUUUCUCGAAACUUGAUCUCAAGUCUGGUUUUUAUCAAAUACCUAUCAAUCCAGCAGAUAAAGAAAAGACCGCUUUUGUGACACCUUUUGGACUUUACCAAUUUAAUGUCCUACCAAUGGGACUCAAAAAUUCUCCACCUACUUUCCAAAAGGUGAUGAGUGAUACGUUAAAGAACUGUAGAGCAUUCUCUCUAGUAUAUUUAGAUGAUAUCAUCAUCUUUUCGAAAUCAUUUGAUGAACACAUUUUACAUUUGGAAUGUGUAUUAUCAGCUCUACAGACAAAGAAUUUAGUUCUAAAUCCUCCAAAGUGUGUAUUAGCCGCUAAUCAAAUAGAUUACUUAGGGCACACCAUUAGUCAGAAUCGCAUAACACCAAUGAAAGAAAAAAUUGAUGCAAUACUUCAGAUUAAAGAACCACGCACAUUGGCACAGGCCAAUAAGUUCAUUGGAGCGCUUAGUUGGUAUCGAAAGUUUAUCCCAGGUUUUGCUACCAAAGCUGCUCCAAUACAUGCUGUGACAAAUUUAACUAAGAAUAAACGCUAUAAAUUUAAAUGGUCUCAACCUCAAUCAAAAGCGUUUCAGGAGUUAAAGCAAUUACUAAUCAGUGCGCCUUUAUUUCUUCAUUAUCCGGUAGACAAUGUACCAUUGAUGUUAGCUACUGAUGCUAGUGGGAUUGGAAUCGGUGGAGUCUUGCAACAAGAGAUUGAUGGAAAAUUACAUAAUUUGUACUAUCAUUCUCAGCUAAUGACUCCGAGUGAACGGAAAUACAGCACCAUAGAAAAAGAAGCAUUAGCAAUAUAUAGAUGUUUCUAUCGUAUGAGAAAUUUGAUAUUAGGGCGUAGCAUUAUACUCCGCACCGAUCAUUGUCCUCUUUGUCAUAUAAUGGACAAAACUAUUCGUAAUAAUCGAGUAGAGCGUAUAACUCAUUUAAUUCAGGAGUUCAAUAUUGAAAAGAUAAUCCAUAUAAAAGGCAAAGAAAAUUGCCUUCCUGAUUUCCUUUCGAGAUAUUCUAAUGAAAUGAAUGAUGAACUCUUUGAAGCAGAAUAUGGUUUGGAGAGUAAAGAAAACUUCUCUGUGUUAAGAUCACAAGGAAAAACAUCGCUAAAUUUGUCUUCGUUCCAAAACAGUGAGAAAGAAAAAUUAUUAGCUUCGAUGGUAUUGCGAUCUCAUACUAAGCACAAGCAACCUGCGUCAAGCUCCAAACAGUUAAAUAGUAAACACAAUAAUAAUAACGAGUCUAGUGUCGAAGUAAAUAGAAAGAUUACUCCCAAAGAUUCAACAGUAAUCAAAUUUUCAUGUAAUCUCUUCGACUCAUCAAAAAUAAUACAUGAGCAGAAAAGAGAUCCUGCAAUUCACAACAUUGUUCAGAAACUUAAUAGUCAAUCUGAUAGUAGUAUGUCAUUUAUCUUUAAGAAUGAUAUUCUUUAUAAGUUAAUUGCUCCUCGAUAUCGAUCUAAAAAAAAGAUGGAGGUAAUAUAUUUACCAUCAUCUAUGAUUCCAGAUUUGCUGAGAGCAUCUCAUGAUGAUCCCAUGACAGGAGCACACUUUUCUAAUGAUCGAAUAUAUCAUAAAAUUAAGUAUCUGUACUGGUGGCCUGACAUGAAAGCUUCGAUUAAGAAUUACAUAAAAUCAUGUAUUUUAUGUAAGCAAUAUAACAUUAGUCGACAAAAGAAGCAUGGACAUCUACGUCCAAUAUCUCCUCCUGACGGUCCAUUUCUCUUAAUUGGAAUCGACUAUUGUGGUCCGUUGCAACAGACACCACGUGAAAAUAGAUAUAUUCUAGUAAUUACGGAUUAUUUUACGCGUUUUGUUAGUGCUGUAGCCUUACCGACUUGUACUGCGGAAGCUACUGCUCAAGCACUAUUUAACGAAUAUUUCUGUAAAUAUGGAAUUCCCGCUGUUAUCCUUAGUGACCAGGGAUCCCAUUUCCGUAAUCAAUUAAUGGAGAAUAUAAAACAACUUAUUGGGUACAAUCACAUAUAUAGUACUCCUUAUCAUCCGCAAACUAAUGGAGUUGUGGAGAGAUUUAACGCCACAUUCAUUCCCCAAAUCGCGAAAUUACAAGAUACUCAGGGGAAUAAUUGGGAUGAGUACUUACAAGCAGUAGUGUUUGCAUAUAAUUCAGGUACUCAUAAGACUACGAAUUACUCACCCUAUGAAUUGUUAUUUGGUCGCUCACCUCGCUUACCCAUUGAAAUACCACCGUCGUCUUUUUCAUUUAAAAAGUCGAGUGAUUAUUUCGAACAGUUGCGAAAGACAUUGCGUAUCUAUCGUCAAGCUGUGCAAUAUAAUGUUGCAAUACAACAGCAACGUCAUAAGAUAUGGUAUGAUAGAAAUCGUUUUGAUCCGCAUUAUAAUAUAGGAGACAAAGUAUUAAUAAAAGUUCACGGAAACAGAGGAAAACUGGAACCAAGAUUUUCACCUAUACCGAUGGUGAUUGCUAAGGUCUUCCACCCUGUCUACAUAGUAGAAGAUGAAAUCAACGGGGUAUCUUCACGGGUACACGUUGCCGAUAUACGUCCCAUUCUAUCUAAUUAA